AUGCAUGUUUGCUACGCUUCGCACAAGUUACCGGCAAUCCCGAAAGAGGAAAGUUCAGCGACUGCAAAAAAUAUCCAGGUGUUACCAUCGGCAAUAGUAAUAGUGUUAGCGAAUAGCGAUAAUAGUGCGUACGAGGUGCUAUGGUGGUUCGUUACGUCGCAGCUGUUUGAAUACACCAUCUUUAUACUAAUUAUGAUGAAUACCAUUACACUUUCGAUGAAAUUUUACCGACAACCGCAACCCUACACCGAAUGGCUGGACUUUUUAAACCUGCUGUUCACUGCAGUGUUUGCGUUGGAGUUUGUGUUCAAGCUUGCCGCAUUCAGAUUUCAGAACUAUUUCGGAGAUGCUUGGAAUGUGUUUGAUUUUAUCAUCGUUUUGGGCAGUUUCAUUGAUAUUGUGUAUUCCGAAGUAACUACCAGCAGUGGAACAAAGGGCGCGUCAACUAUUAUAUCAAUAAAUUUCUUCCGCCUAUUCCGUGUUAUGCGACUUAUAAAAUUGUUAGCACGUGGUGAAGGCAUACGCACACUUCUGUGGACGUUCAUAAAUCCUCACCUUAAUAUUCUUCCGUUCCAUUCUCGCCAAUGA